AUGCAGAAAUCGUACCAAGUGUGCGGUUGGGUAAAGGUUUGGCGCAUCGCCCCCGAAAUUCUCCGUCCGGAUUUCACCUGGCCGCUCCAACGCCUCGGUGACCGUCCCCUCGCUAGCCGGAUCACCCCGUGCCCUCCUCCUCUUGCACCGGGCUUAUUAUUAUGGCUCCGCAUCAUCGGUCGAUGUCACGCUUUCCUCCAAGACUUCUCCCGCUACUACUGUGCGUGGUUCGGGUUCCCGCACAACCACGCCAUGUCAGCGCUGCCAUUCGGCUUGCUCCUUAAGUGGUCGGAUGGGACGUCACUGGACGAGGUCAACGCCACACGCGCGGUCCGCGCAGCGGGAAUUCCGGCACCCAAGGUCAUUAGCUGCGGCCUGGGCGACGUGCAGGAUUUUCUCGAGGAGGAGGAGAAGGAGACAGUCGAGCGUGAGCUCGGCGUGAUCCUGGAGAUUAUGCGCUCUUGGCCGAAUCCCGUGGGGCCGAAACAGGAUCUACGAAGGAGGAGUUUGACCGGACACUCGCUGCAAGGGCGGAAGAUGGAGGAACUCAAGCACACGAUUGUGUUUUCGCACGGCGACUUUUACAUGCACAAGAUCCUGGUGCAUGAGGGGCAUGUGUCCGGGUUGAUUGACUGGGAGACGGCGGGCUGGUAUCCCGAAUACUGGGAGUUUACGACGCCGCUACGGUGGGCUUCGCUGCUUCAUGAGUGGAGAGGGAUGCUGCUACGUCUAGGCGGUGAUAAGUAUGCCAGGGAGCUCGAGGCGGAGCAGGCUAUUGGGAAGCUGACUGUUGACUCCUGGAUCUGGUAG